UCAUUUGAGACGCAAAUGUAACGGACAUACCGUUUGGCCUUCUCUCUGCGCUCCCCCCCUCUCCCUCUCUCUUCCCUCUCUCUCUCUCACAAUUUUGCAGAGGAGAGAGAGAGAAAGAAAGAAAGAAAGAGAGAUUGAGGAAGAGAAAGAGAGAGACUGAAAAAUCCCAGGAAAAUCGUAUUGCGAAUCUUUUUAAAAUUUUAAGCAUCAUAGUACCCAUCUCACAUCAGCCACCGUUAAACAUGAGGAAGCCAAAUCUUUAGCCAUUUGGCAAGAAAGGAAUUUUGGGAUUUGGGCAAAUUUGUUGUGGCGAUAUUUGAUCAUUUUCACCUUAGCCCUCUAUCUACCUUUUUUUUUUUUGGUUUAAAUGGGGGGAAUAUCUUCUGACAAUGUUCAUGGACUUGUUUUGGCCAUCUCCUCCAGUGUCUUCAUUGGGUCUAGCUUUAUUAUCAAGAAGAAAGGUCUUAAGAAAGCCGGGGUAUCAGGAAUCAGAGCAGGUUCGGGAGGGCACUCUUACUUGAAGGAACCUUGGUGGUGGGUUGGGAUGGUAACGAUGAUUGGUGGGGAGAUAGCUAAUUUUGCUGCUUAUGCAUUUGCUCCUGCAAUUCUCGUGACUCCCCUCGGAGCUCUAAGUAUUAUCUUCAGUGCAGUGUUAGCCCAUUUUAUUUUGGAGGAGAAAUUGCACAUCUUUGGAGUCGUUGGAUGUUGUCUUUGCUUAGUGGGCUCUACCACUAUUGUAUUGCAUGCUCCACAGGAGAGAAAGAUUGAAUCUGUCAGGGAAGUGUGGCACCUUGCCACUGAACCAGGCUUCCUUGUCUACACCGGCAUAGUAUUGGUUCUCGUUGUCAUCCUCAUUUUCAUGAUUGUGCCGCGUUAUGGGCCAUCCCAUUUGAUUGUCUAUAUCGGAAUUUGCUCACUCACUGGCUCUCUUACGGUCAUGAGUGUGAAAGCUGUGGGAAUCGCUCUGAAGCUGUCGUUUUCAGGAUCAAAUCAAUUUACCUACUUUGAAACAUGGUUUUUCACCAUACUUGUGCUUGGUUGUUGUAUUUUGCAGAUCAACUAUUUGAACAAGGCUCUAGACACAUUUAAUACUGCUGUUGUUUCUCCUUUCUACUACGUCAUGUUUACGACCCUCACCAUCUUUGCAAGCAUGAUCAUGUUUAAGGAUUGGGACUCUCAAGAUGCCACAGAUAUUGCAACUGAACUGUGUGGAUUUGUGACUAUUCUCUCCGGGACUUUUCUUCUUCACAAAACCAAAGAUAUGGGAAGUAAUCCGGUAUCAACAUUGGGAAGCCCUGUAUUUCACCCAUCACCAGAUUUGAGCGCGCACCAUAGUACAAGACAAGUAGAGUUGUGAAAUGUUUUGGGCAAAUGACGUUCGCCAUGGGGAGAUGUGGACAAAUCCGAAGAUGCUUAUUAUCAGCAUGUAAAAGGAGAAACCAUGUUCUCGGUCAGAUCGAUAACAUGUGGUUUGCCAAUGGUAAAGAAGAAAUAGAAAAUCAUUCCAUGGAUGUUCAUUGAUGUAGGAACUCUUGACUUGUUUAGCAUUAGUUUCUUUUUUUCGUUAUUUUUUUUUCGGAAACGUAGAUUGUGAAUACGUCUGGUAGUGAUGUCUAACGUUACGAGGAGAUCUUUGAAAGAAGUACAUGGAAACAAAAUUAAAGAACUCGAAGUGUUGUGCU